UCGGAAGAAAGUUUCAAAUGAAGUUAGUUUGACGGUUUGUUUUUGAAAUGGCGUCAGUCACGGUGACGUUACGGGGUUUUUCUCUCUGCGCUGUCGCUCUGAUAACGUUUGGGUUUGUCUUCAUAACCGGUGCAGACUUUAUCCGCUUUAUUUCGUUUGGAGCCAUUUAUCAUAACAUUACCGGAGAGACGACGUUGUGUCAGGACUCUGUGCCAUGGUCAGUGGCCCUGCGGGACAGCUCUGUCCUCGGGUGUGUGGCUGUGGAUGUGGGCCUGCUGGCUGUCUUCAUCUUGCAGCACAGUCUUCUUGCCUGGUCUCCUGUCAAACAGGCCUGUCAGUCAGUGCUCGGGUCUCUGAACAGGACCGCAUACUGUUUUACUACUGCACUGGCUCUGCAGUUCCUGAUGCGUUACUGGCAGCCUGUGACUAGCGCCCCCUGUCUGUGGGCGGUACGCCAUGCACCCUGGAGCAUAUGGUUUCCUCUCAUCUGCUUUACUCUGCACUUCCUCUGCUGGGCCAUCAUCUGCAGCAUCCUGAUGAUUUUUGAUUACCCAGAAUUAAUGGGAAUCAAGCAGGUGUACUAUGAGUGUCUGGGUUUGGGGGAUCCUCUGUCCCAGAAGCCGGCCGCCGCUCAGCGUCUCCUCUCUCACUUCCGCCACCCUGUGUGUCUGGAGCUGGCUGUGGUGCUGUGGCUGCUGCCGACCUUGUCCCUGGACAGACUGCUGCUGUCGGCGACUCUCUCGGCCUAUGUGGCCCUGGCACACUCACUGGACAAACAAGAUUUAGCCUACCUCCGCCUCCAGGUUAACAGCAAGAUGUGUCUCUUUGGCAAGCCGCAUCUCAUCAGCACCACAGCAGACCUGGACAAGCGGGAGUGAACGAAAACAUUUUCUGCUGCAGCAGAAUGAAGCUCUGUACUCAGAUGUUAUCCACAAAUGAAUCAUGUGAUAUGCUGAGAGCUGGAGCUCUGCUGUCUGAAUAAGGGAAAAAAAGGCAUAAUUUGUGCAAAAAUAAUUUGUAAUGACGCAGUCAUUUUUGCUCACAUUCUACACUAUGUGGUAUUAGACAUGUGGAGUUUAAUUCAAGAAUAAACUUCAUAUUUUUGAAUGAAACUCUAAAUGCACAUUUUUAAAAAACACUGACGUUACAACAAUAUAUUGCAUGAUGCACGUGGAUAUAUUACAUGUUCCAGCUGCAGUUAUAAUGUAUUUCUUUGCACAAUGAACCACAUGUGUCUCUGUAAAAGAAAUGAACCCUGAGAUUUCCCACAGACAUGCGGCUGACAUUUCUUAACUCAUUAUUUCCACUGUGGCAUGUUAUGCUGACUAAUUAAAGUUGACUACAUGCUUUAGAUAUUUCAGAUUUUUCUGUGAUCAUCUUGUCAUUGCAGAAUAACUCGGCUCAAAGGUG